AAAUGGGGGUGUGCAAUAUUGUUAGACAGGCACGAGGGGAGCUCCCAGGAUUCGAAGCCAUUUGCGAGAGACUUUGAAGUACACUCCUAAUAUCUAGCCUCACUUCUGGGAGAGCAAGGGGAGCAGCGGGCAGCCUUGUCCCUUGUCGCUUGCCAACUUGCACACCCACCUUCUCUCUUGCCCAUCCGUCUUGGGCCGGUUUGCGUCCCAUCCCAGUCCCAGCAGAUGAUCCAUUAUCUCUCCGCCUUUUUGUUCGCGCACUAAGAGAGCUGAGUUGACCGUUGUCAGUCCGCCCCUAGGACUUAAACCUUGCCCAUCCCCCCUUCCCACGUUGCCAGGCCAGGAUGCCUGUCCAAGCUUUCCGUCAUCCGUCUCCCCUGGCUUCAGAGUUCGGACAUUCGGACAUCUCGCCUCCCAGCCCUUCUUGACCACCACUUCCCCGACGGCCUCGUCGCUCCCCGCAAGCUUCAACGCGUCGCAUGUCCUCUCCCACCUCGGGAAACGCCAGACCCUCUCCUGGCACCACCAGGAUUGGCCGCCCGCCGCAAUGGACGGUCUCACGUUCGCGGAAGCUGGCUCGACUUUACGUCUACACCACGCUGUCCAUUGAGAAGAUCAUCAAGGUCCUCGAAGAUGAUCUCUUCAAACCGCGCAGGAAGAACUCGGCGCAAAAGACGAUCCACAACAUGCUUGACAAUGACCCCCGCUACCUGCGCCCCGAAUCGCGCAUUGAGAUGGACAAGCGUAUCAGCAGUUUGUCCAUCUCGCGGAGCCGACGACGCCUGAAGCGGAAGAACCAACCGCCAUCGUAUGACGAGAACUUCACCAAGGCCAAAGAAGAGAUGGGCUCGGACUCGAGCGCCUACGAAGUCGACCCCGCCGACGAGUUAGACAAUGUUGAGCUGGCUAAGGAUGGCCUCGUCCCCGCCACUGGCCGUUCCGGCCAGCACACGCUGUCCUACAGACCGCCAAGGCGCCAAAGCACUGUGCUCUCAACCUCGACUGAAAUGAGUACGUCCAGUAUUCGAGAGUUGCAGAAACGUGUGUCGGGGUGCUCGACGCGAUAUGCGAAACAAAUAUCGACCCUUCUGAAGCAUCUCACCAUUUCAAGCGCUUCUGACUUGACCCAGUCGCCGGAACGCCGCCCGUCCAUCUCCGACAUAGAGCCUCCGCAGCCGCCCGAGCCGGACAUCUUCGAGGCUUUCCCUGAGCCCGGCUAUGCUCUCCCCGGAGACUUGAUCAACGCCCAGAGUCUCAAUUGUGCCGGGUUCCCGGGCCAAGACCACUUCAACGGGAAAUGUUGGUGCUCAAUCGCCAAGGCCAUCGCGGGCGAGAAGAGUGCCUGGCUAUCCCCGACCGGCGAUCUGUCGCCCAGGGCCCAGCAGGUCUACGACGACCCAUCGCAAGCCAAUCUCGCCUCCCACGAUUGCUUCGGCAACACUCCACUGCAUCUUUUUGCAGUUCUCGAGGGGUAUCAGGAAACGCUGUUCCGCAUGGUCCUGCACAGUGCAGACGUCGGUGUCACAAACACCGCCGGCCAGACCUUCCUCCAUGUGCUGAACUUUGAGUGGUUCGCGGAUCUCAAGAGCCCCUCGGCGCCCCUCAAACAACUGCUGGCAUAUCUUCGUGACCGCUCGCCCGAUCUCGUCUAUGCUACGGAUGUAUACGGCCGUACAUUUUUCCACCGGGCCCAUUCCCUGAUUCGCGAUUCGGAAAUUCUUGACGGGAUCCUAUCGCCCUUCAACCCGGCGCUCUCCUCGCGUCGCGACGCCUUCGGAUUCAACCCCCUCGCGAAUACGAACCUCGGCGGAGAGGGCCCCUUCAUCCCGCCCCGACGGGGGGCGCUGACGCCCCUGCCCGAAGAAGGCCCUUCCGGGUCCAGGGGCCGCAGCAGCCCCCGCACGUCCAACGACGAGGACGCUUUCAUAGCAUAUCACGCCCGCCUCCUCCAGAUCGUCCAGUCCUCGUACGACAACCCGCGCAUCGAGGACGAAGACGGCCGCAACGGGCUGCACUGCCUCGCCGAAGCCAUCAUCAACCAGCAGACGAUGGACGACCAGCGCACGGCCAUGAGCACGGGCCGGCCCCUCAAGCGCAAGCACGACAAGAAGGACAACCCGGAGGGCAUUAUCGGCGGCGGCGGCGGCGGCAGCAGCAGCAACAACAGCAGCGAGAGCCCCCUGGCCUCGCGGCGGCGCCACCUGGAGAACCUGCUCCACAGCCGGCCGCCGGUCGACGUCAACCACUACGACAAGUCGGGCAACACGGUGCUCAUGUCCUUCAUCGCCUCGAUUCCCGACGACCAGGACGACAGGGCGAAGACCCUGGGCGCCAUCUUCGAGACGCUCAUCGCGGCGGGGGCGCGCGUCGAGGCCCGCAACCGCCGCGGCGAGACGGCGCUGCUGGUGGCGGCGCGCCUGGGGCGCAAGAUUGCGCUCGCGACGCUGCUGGAGCGAGGUGGCGCCGGCAGUAUGGGCAGCAAGGGCGGCACGGGCGCAAACGUGCACGCCCGCGACGUGGACGGCUGCGGCGUCCUCGACGUCGUCGACGCCACGUGCCGCGCCGCCGGGGCCAGGGACGACUUGCCGCUCUACGCACGGCUCGAGGCGUGUCGCGCCCUGCUGACGGGGAGGGGCGGGUGGGGGGUCGUGCAGGACCCGUCGGUGGCGAUGGAGUGGCGGGUUAGGGGG